AGGCCCACCAGUCGUUCAGUCUCUUCCCAUAGAAAUCCAGGUUUGCAUCCUCAUACUCGAACUUCUUCUGCUCCGGCACCUUUUCGCAACACAGUAUCCCCUUCACGUACUCCCACUUUUCGGCGCCGUUUUAAUAAUCAGCGUUGUCGACGCUUGUUGCACUCCUCUGCUGCCAAAAUGAAUUCUUGCACUAACCUUUAUGGAUAUUCUAACCAGGUGAAUUCUUAUGCUCCGGAUAAGGCUAUCGGUGAGAAGCAGAAGCAUUAUGCUCACUGUCAGGCUGGUUCAGCUGCGCAAGGCUGGAAUGCCACUUUGAGGAAUGGAAUGUCGAUAGUAGCGGAUCAAGAUGAUCGAGUGGAUCAAGCGAGUACGGCAGCAUCAGGAAUACUUGAACAGAAUGACGCUGGACAAGAUGGAUGCCAAUGUCAAGAAGAAAAGCGGAAGAAGAAGGUGGAGGCUGACGGAGAUGAGUGGGUCUUCUUCUCUGAUGAAGAAGCGUACAGGCGGGUUGCAUAUAGCUCUCCAGCUCAGCCUGCACAGUCCCAUAAACAUCAGCUGGAAUAUGAUGAUCCGCAAUGCCAUACGCAGAACGGCCCUUCUGGAAGAGACCUAGAGGAUAGGGCAAAUGCUCGUAGUUCUGAACAUACAGCUCCAUUUAAAUCUGACGAAAAAGUCGCGAGACUCACUCAACGAAUUGGCUCACUCGUCCAACAGGUCAAGCACCAACCUCUUACAACUGUGCCUACACUUUCCGCUGCUAACUCGGCAAAAUCAGCUUCAAAUCAGCUAGCAAACUUUCUAGCCGGCCGUGUAGAUAAACUAGCUCAGAUGUGUCACACCGAAAGGCAGCACAAAUUACGAUGUCGAGCUAUUAUUCAGAUGGUACCGCCAGUAAGGCGAAGGCUUUCCCCUCCUUACCUGUACGCCGGCCCCAUAGUCCAUGUAAGUCAAGGCCGUGCUCUCUCUAGUGAUAACGCAUAUUUCCCAAAUGAUGCGGGUGUUGGAAUUGUUGCCUGUCACCUUUGGAUAGAGGCCAAGAUUUCCCAAAUGAUGCGGGUGUCGGAAUUGUUGCCUGUCACCUUUGGAUAG